GUGACGUCGCAGGUGUGAUUGUGACUUGCGAAAUGGAGAUAGGAGCAGUAGAGAAAAACAAGUCUGUGAAUUUGGGGAAAUUGUGCUGGAAUUCAGAAAAACCGUCAGCUAAAAGCAGUACAUUAACAACUGUUGGUCGGGUGCUACCACAAUAGACAACACAUCUCUUCUGAAAAUGUUCUCUGUGCAGCUUAGCACCCAGUAGGAUGCAUGUAGAAGAUGAGUUUAUUGCAGUGCGGGUCCAAGAUCCCCGCAUUCAGAAUGAAGGAUCAUGGAAUUCAUAUGUGGAUUACAAAAUAUUUCUGCAUACCAACAGUAAGGCCUUCACAGCCAAGACAUCGUGCGUGCGUCGGCGCUACAGUGAAUUUGUCUGGCUUAAGAAGAAACUGCAGAAGAAUGCUGGUCUGGUACCAGUCCCUGAUCUUCCGGGAAAGUCCCUUUUCUCAUUCAGCAAUGAUGACUUCCUGGAGAAGAGGAGAAAAGGACUUCAGACCUUCCUGGACAGAGUGGUGCACAUGACAGUGUGUCUGUCAGACAGCCAGCUUCACCUCUUUCUACAGACCCAGCUGCCGGUUGGUCACAUCCAGGACUGUGUGCAGGGUCACACCCCCUACACUGUGACAGAUGCCAUCCUCACCUACGCCUCGUCCAACCGCGGCUUUGCUCAGGCUCAAGAGGACGAUCCCAUCAAGGAGCCUAGUUUGACAGUGUCUUAUGAGUCCAUGGAGAGCCCAGCACCUCACCAACCUUGCCUACAAACUAAAGAGCCCUCCAACCCUGAGCUUUUCUCCUCUGGGGACUUUGACCCUCUGGAGAGUUUACUGGAGGACACUACCAAGUCCCAGCUCAGUCACUCAGAGAAUGAUUCCAUAAGGGUCCUCCAGAAGAGCGACCAUCUAGAAGCCAUCAUGGAGAACUGUGGCCCAAUGGAGGCAAGGUUUUUUUUGGGUGACAACGAAGAUGAACAAACCCCUGAGAGCCUUACGGAGCAGCCCCUGAGCUGUCUAGUGCAUACAUCAGUGGAGCUGCAUUCACCCAUGGGGAAUGGCUUUGAGGACAAUGUGCAGACAGAGACGGCAGAAACAGAAAAAGAGGUAGUUUCUAUUGCUCAGAAUGUUUCACAGUCAGACAGCCAAGAGGCAGAAGGUCAGUGUGACAGUCCCACAGAGGAAAUCAUAGAAAAGGUCACCUGUGACAAUUCUGAAGUUGUUUUAGUUGACGAGAAUGACGGCGUUGUGGAACAGGUUAGAGAAAGGUGUCAGGAAGAUGUCAACACUGAGAAGCUGGCUGUUAAUGGACUAGAACAUGAUAUCACCGCGGGUCACAUGACAGGGGUCAUCUCUCCAGAACAGAUGCCUGAGGAGAAUCUGGAUGAAGGAAACACAAAUGAGACACUCCUACCUGUAACAUACGAAGACAUACAGAAUGUAGCAGAGGGAGAGGUUCAUGACAAUGACUCUAUUCAACAGACAGACGCUCUUCUGGACCAAACAAAGCAGGUGGAUUUGGAUAAAAUUAGGAAUAAUGAAGACUCUGACGAGGACAACCAGUCAAUGCAAUCUUCAAAUGAGAGCAUCGUCAAAGUCAGUGAUGAAGAAAGCAUUUGUGAUGAUGCUGAGGAAGAUAUGAUCAAGGCUGCAAAUGGGUACAUAAAAACUUCCUCGGAUGAGGUCAGUCACUGGUCAGAAGCAGAGGCCUCCAGCAUUUUCCAGCUCCAGAUGAAUGGAUGUCCUCUGGAAAAAGAGGACAUUUCUGAUGAACACAGUGCCCAUGAGGAGGCAGACACUGUCAUGGGAACAAGUAACAUCAGUGAUUUGACCAAAACUGUAGAUGUGGGGUCCACUGAGUCCGAAGCAGCUGGAGAUUUGACUGAGAACAGUGACUUCAGCAUCUUAGAGACAAGCCGUGUGCCUGAAUUAGCUGAUGGCAAAUACACAGAGCAGGAAACCCUGUCCUCGUUGUCUUUGGACGCCUCAGAGGAGAGCCAUGAGGUGGAGGUCCAUUAGUUAACCAGCUGAAUGGCAGCUUCACUCUGUGAAACUACAUAGACCUGGCAAGGGCGGCUGCACCCUCACUGAGCCAGAACAAUGGAUAGUGGGGAUGUCCUCUGCCAAAGGCGCAUUAGAUCACAUACAUAGUGGGAGUUGUUUCAUUCCUAAUAAUUUGCUCAUUAUUUACCAUCUUCAAAACGUGAAUGAUCCUGUCUGUAAGUGUCAGUCAAGGACAGAGGCAAACCAAGCUUUACAAAGCACUGUAACAUUUUAACCUUGUGCUGUCAGUCACCUAAUAGUUUGAACUUUAUUUUUAAAUAGCUUAAUUUAGCAUUUAAUACACUACUAAAACACUCAGGUUCACUGACACAGAUCUUCAACUCUCUUAUUGAAUCACUUUUGGGAACUAUCUAUCUUGGUAAAAGGAUACGUAACAUCUUUGAUUAUUAGCAUGGUCAAAAAGAUAGUUUUCUGAUCAAAGGCACAAAUGACAUUUACAUUUUCUAAACAAACUUUGGAAUUAUAAGUAACUUAAAUGUGAUCUAAAAUCAAGGCACAUAUAUUAAAGCCAGGUACUGACAGAAUGAAGAGCUGUUCCAUUACAAGGUGUUUUCAGGUCCAUACCUGUUUGUGAUUUUAUACAUUAUUAACACUUUCAGGAUCUUCAGUCUACAGUCAAACUAAGUCAGUAAAACCAUUUUUAAUAACAAAUUAUGUUUGGUUCAGACAAGGUUGAUUAAAUUUGGGGAACAUAUCAAAAAUGCGUAUAUACUUGACAUCUUAAAGACGUAACAGAAUAGGGAACUUGUCCUUAACCACAUUAUACCAAAAUAAAAUGUGAAUGAAAUGACAAUACUCAUGGGAUCUCCUCUCCAAUAGAUGAUUAUUUUCCAUUCUCGUGAUCUGGAUUUAUUUUUAACAAUUGCUCACAUCCUGUUUUUAUGGAAAUUUGUUUUUUGUGCUGACUCGUGUUUUCCGGUUACAUACACUAACAUUUGCUAAUUUCAGUCUGUGUCAUAUCAGAUGCUUAGGUAGAAUGUUUUGGGGUUUUUUUAUAUAAUUAUUUAAUGAUAAAAUACAAUAUUUUUUUCUAACCAGAUACACCUGGUUAAAUUGAGCAAAAUCUUUUUAAAAACGCAAUUACACUUACAUUAUUGUGAAUUUAUUUGUAUAGUUCAGUUGCAGCCCUCUUCAAACUGAAACUUUAGUCAGAUAUAAAUAAAUAAAUGAAUCUGUUACAGCUUGCUGU